GAAUAAUAUUCACUGCUGGCCUGUUUUGUACAAACAAUGGCGGAGGAAAAUAGGAUGAACUUAGCUGCUUUGCAGCAAAGAGAUCCAUACAUAAGUGACAUUGUCGAUACAGCUACACAAGUUGCUUUGUAUUCGUUCAAUCCCAAAAGUAAUCAGUGGGAGAAGACAUCCAUUGAGGGAUCAUUAUUUGUGUAUAAAAGGUCAGCCUCUCCAAACAAUGGUUUUAUGAUUUUGAACCGACUCGGGUUGAACAACCAGAUAGAACCUAUCACAAAAGAUUUGGAAUUCCAGCUUCAGGACCCAUUUCUUCUGUAUCGCAAUUCCAAAGCAAUUUAUGGCAUUUGGUUUUAUGAUAAAGAUGAAUGUGCUCGCAUUGGACAACUUAUGAAUAGUCUGCUACAGUUGGCUAUUGAUUAUCACCGUGCUAAGUCAGACAUGCGACAGAGGAGAGCGUCCGAGUCAGACAGUAUUCUGGACAAGGAGGAAAGCACACCCAAAAAUGUGGACAUUCUACAGAUGCUGUCCAAAGCUCAGCACGAAUAUGACAGGUCAAAGUGUGGUGGCAUUAAUCUUCCUAAGGCAGGAGACCCUAAACCAUUGAUUGACAACCCAAAUGCAUCAGCCACCAAGACAUCCAACUUGAUCAGACCCACCCCAUUAAAAAUUGGGGAUGUAAAUGAUGAGGGAGGAGGAGAUCAAGACAGAGGUGGCGCCCAGUCAGUGCCCCCUCUGGCCUCUGUUAACACAGCACCAGCAACAGCUCCCAUAAGUCUAGAAACAUUAUUUAGGAAUGCUAGUCUUCAGCAGCAGACAACCAACAAAACAGAACCCCAAAGACCACAGCCCUUUCACAGGUCUGUAUCUAUGACAGAGGGGGACUCCAAAUCUCAAGACUUGCUGCGUCACAUCAUGUCUAGUGGUUCCAUGGUGGAGGACAUAGAACGACAACAGCGACGGGAAUGCCCCACAAAGCCUUCCUCUGCUCCCUCUUUGAAACCUCUCUCUCAGAAUUUUAAGUCAAGCAAAAACAGGUCCCCUCCAAACAAGAUUCCAGAGAAUGAUUCUGAUAGAGUCUCACAUGGUGCUAAACAUGACAUAUCAUUCUAUUUAAAAGCCAAUGAAAACACAGAUGUUGGUAAUUUGGAGGACCAAGUUAUGAAAAAGUCCCCUAACAUUCAGGAAAUGGAGGGAACAGAAAAUCUUCUUACACCUGCAGCAUUACAAAACUCUUUUUCUCUGGGUUCAGAAGUGGCCUCUGGGUUGUCACGGUUACUUCCUCAGAACCCUGACGUUUUACUCACUCCUAUGGCUUUCACCCAGUCUCCAAAAUCAGCCUCACCUGCCAAUACAACAAUGACAUCUCAGGAAACCACAGAAGACCUUCCUGUAGCAGCCCUUACCAAAGAACAAUUACAACAAGCCCUCCUAUAUCUCAUUAAGAAUGACUCCAGUUUUAUUGACAGUUUACAUGAAGCAUACUUACACAGCCUGAGGGUGUCUCAUAAGACAUAGCAGACAGUCAAUUGAGAAAAAGUUAUGAUUAUUUUUAUGUGGAAAUUUAUCAUGUAAAUUUCUGAUCAGGACGAGACUAAGCUAGCUUACAAUAGUGCAGUGGGACUUCAUAGAUUCAUCCCAUGGUCAGUGAUAAAAGUCCAGAACAUUAGGAUUUCACUCUAUAUUAAACAUACAGGACUUGUGUUUUUGCUAACAAGUCCUUAUUACUGGGAUUGUACUGUCUUAGUAGGCCUAAAUAGUUUUAUUAUAAAGAUAUUACAUUGAUGCUAUGUUGUAUCAGCAAUGCCCUGACCUACAGUGCAGUACUGAACUCGUCGAUUCUUCAUACGUAGGGUCGUGCUGUUGUAACACAGAAUCCUCAUUACAUGUACAUCAUUCUGAUUUGCUUAUAUCAAAGGUUGCUCAGUUCCACAGUAUUAUGUAGAGAUGUGCAUAUCCUGUUCUGUCAAACAUGCAGGUUUCACUGGGUUUUUUAUUUAGUAAAGCAUAGCUAAAUAGGAUAUGAUCUCAAAUUGUAAUUUGUAUCAUAUUUUUAAUCAUGAAAUCUUCUUGUAGUGAAGAUAUGUUAUUUAUUUUUUGUUUGAAAGAUUUAUAGUGUAUUUUUCAGCUUAUACCAACUAUGUUUGGUAUUUGUUAUAUUUUUUUAAGUAAAACAUUGUCACUGAACAAGUUUAUAUACUAUGCUUGUUUAAGUAAUUGCAAGAUGCGUUCAUUUUUGUUAAUUAAACCUGCAAGUGCUUUUUCUUAUUUGACAAAGCUUUUUUUUCAGUUUGGUUAAAUCUCUGUGUCAGUUGAGUUUUUCCUAUCCAUUCAAAACAAAACUAUACUCAUCAUACAUUUUGCUGAAAUUCCACGUAUCUGACCUGAUUAUUUGUGUGCUUUGGAGGUGCAAUGUACUUUGUUAAUGUUGUAUUUUUCAUCAUCUUCUCUGGUGCUAUUUGUAACAGUUAAAGUAUUAGUCAGAGGAAAAUGGAGGAAUACUACUGUGUUGUCACAUACAAAUAGGUAUGGGGAUAGAGUGUUAAAAAAACAAGUCAACUAUUUUUUUGGAUUCGUAAAAAAUCAAAUUGAUAGUUAAAAUGUACGCAGGGUAUAUGUUUCAUCAGUUCAUUGUAGACAUAAAACCUUCCAUGUUUUUUGAAAGAUUGAAAAAUUAUAAUGUUUCCAAUUUUUUGUUGUUGUUAAAAGUACAUGUAAUCUGAAUAAAUGGGAGGAAUUUAUUGUUCAAUGAGAAAAAUUGGGUUCAGUUCAUAUAAAUGAUACCAUGAAUAAAGUCAAUGACAGCAACAUCAUUUGAGAUAAUGGACAAUGUUACUUUGUGAUGGCAUGAUUGAGAAUGCUGCAUGUAACUUUGAACUGCUGACUGUCAAGUUUUAUCAGUGCCCACUUUUUCUUACAGAGGUCCUUUCACAUAGAUUUUCAAAAUGGACUUCAAUGUUACAUAGCUACUGAAACAAAAUGUCUUCAGAUACUGUAAACCAUCAUGAUUGACUAGGGACAAAAUGAAUUGUAGCAACCACAUCAAGUCAGUGUUAAUCAUAACACAUUUAUACAUUCAAUAGACUGGUUCAUGGCAGGAAGUAUUCACAAAUGGAAGAUUUUCGUGAACCUAAUAACUUUAUUUCUCACACAUUUGCCGUUACAGGGAUAACUCAUAUUUUCAUUUAAGAAUUAAACUUUACUGGGAUAUGAACUUGGUUGGUCACCUGAUCAAAUCCUGUGAAGCCCAAGGGCUUCUCAGAAGAUUUGAUCAGGUACCAACCAAAUCAUCUGAAAAGCCCUUUGGGCUUCACAGGAUUUGAUCAGGUGACCAACCAAGUUUAUAUCUCGGGGAACUUUUUAACAUUGCUGUUUAUGACUUAUAUUUACAUUUUAAAAAGACUUAUUGUUCAGAAUUGUUAUAAUUACUAUGUUUACAAUAAUCACACAGAAUUGGAACGUUUUUCGGUAUUCUGUAGGUUCAUAUAAGGAAACAUAUUUGCAAAUGCAGAUAUUGUGACAUAACAGGAACUAUCCUUUAUUUCAGAUAUGAUGUCAAAAUUCUAGAUUUAUAUGACGUAAUAAUUGAUCUUGGUUUUUUUUUUAUUUCGUGGGGGUUUUAAUUUACAUUGAAAAACAGGACGCAAGCAUUUUAUCAAAUUCCACAAAAAAGAAGUCUGCAACAUAUGGUUUUAAAUAGUGUUUUAGAAACACCUACAUAAUAGUCGCAUAUAAAAUGUAAAUAAUUUCACGAAAGUUAUUUACAUUUUAUCAACAUGACAUUUUUAAAUUAUGAAGGUUGAUCUUUUGUAGUUUCAAGACGGGUGCAGCAAAAUCAUUUGAAUUUUAUAAGGAAAAAUAACUUAAGUAUAGUGAACAAAAUGGUAUGUAACUUAAGUAUAAUUCCUAGAAAUUGCAAGCUGCAAACCUUAUUUUAAUGGAGUUUGGUUUGCUGUAUUAGAAUUUAUUUUUUUACAAUAUCUUAUGACCUUCAUACAUUAGACACAAGUUUUUGGGAUGGAAUGCUUAUAGAUGUUGAUGCUUUAGAAUAAUUGAGGGCUAUAUAUGAUCUGGAGGUGAUAUGCUAUAGGGUGUCACUGUAAACAGUUUACCUUAUUAUGUUGUUAAGCCCCUCCUCCAAUCAUAUAAAAAUAUUGUGAUGCAGAUAUGAUAUAAAAAAUUUAAUUAUGGAAAUUGAACAGAACACAAGAAAAGCUUCUUAUUUCACCAGCCUUUAAACUAGAAACUUGAUGUAAUACAGCAAUUGAUUGCUUCUUUUGUGUCAGUUGAAUGAGUGGAAGUUGUUCCACUUUGUGUGUCAGUGAUGACUCCUUUUGUGUCAGUAAUGGCUCCUUGUGUGACAGUGAUACAUUUUUGUGUGUCAGUGUUUCUGUUAUGGCAGUGUGUGACAGUUAUAAUUACUUAAUAUAUGUCAAUUAUUACACUGUGUGUUUCAGUGAUAAUUCCUUCACAUGUGUCUUUUCUGACAAUAUGUGACAAAGCUAGUUCCAUGAGUUGAAGUUGUUACAAUUUAUGUUUCAGUGUAAAUUCAUUGUGUAUCAGUAAUGACACUUUUUGUGUCAGUGAUAAUUUCUUGUGUGUCAAGAAUUACAUCAUGUGUGUCAGUGAAGAUUUCUUUUGUGCUUAUUUUAUAUACCAGUAAUACCAUUAGUGUCGUUAAAUGUUUGUAACAGUUUUUAAAAUGAUGUGUAUAAGUUAUUACAUCGAUGAUUAUCUUACAAAUGCUAAUUAAAGUUUAGUUUGUAUUAAGGAGGUAAAUGUUAUCUGAAAAUUUUGACCAACAAAUAAUUUUAUGAAAUGAUAAUUUUUUUUAUAAUUUUGCUAUUUUACAGCAGAGUGCUAUAGCUUAAAUCAUCAGCAGUUAAUCUGGUAGUCAUGAGUUUGGAAUUGGCUGUACUUUUUACAAUGUUUGUAUAAUUUGAAAAGCAAUUUAGAUAAUUGAAAAGAUGAUUAUAUUUUGAAUACAAUGUACAUUCAUAAACAUUGAUAUUUCAAAAUGCCUAGGUCAUACCAGCUUAGUAAUGUUGCUGAACGUGUCAGUAGAUAUGCAUACGUGUCCGUCAAUGUUGGUUUGUAUGAUUGUUUCAAUGAUGGUAUGUAUGAAUGUGUCAACAAUGGUUUUUAUGAUUGUGUCAAAAAUGGUUUUUAUGAUUGUGUCAAUGAAGGUUUGUCUGAUUGUGUUUCUGUCAGUGAUGGUUGUGUGUCUGUCAGUGAUGGUUGUCUGUGUCAGUGAUGGUUGUGUGUCUGUCAGUGAUGGUUGUGUGACUGUCAGUGAUGGUUGUCUGUGUCAGUGAUGGUUGUGUGACUGUCAGUGAUGGUUGUGUGUCUGUCAGUGAUGGUUGUGUGACUGUCAGUGAUGGUUGUCUGUGUCAGUGAUGGUUGUGUGUCUGUCAGUGAUGGUUGUGUGUCUAUGUCAGUGAUGGUUGUGUGACUGUCAGUGAUGGUUGUGUGUCUGUCAGUGAUGGUUGUGUGUCUGUGUCAGUGAUGGUUGUCUGUGUCAGUGAUGGUUGUGUGACUGUCAGUGAUGGUUGUCUGUCUGUCAGUGAUGGUUGUGUGACUGUCAGUGAUGGUUGUGUGACUGUCAGUGAUGGUUGUGUGUGUUAAUGUUGGUUCUGUGUAUGUCAGUUACAGAUUUGAACAUAAUAUUGAUUCACAAUAUCUAUAAUGAUGGUAAACCAUGAGUGUGUAUGUGUUAGUUAUUUAAAUGUUUAUGUCAGUGCAGUUCUGUAUGUUUCAGUGAUACUUACGUGAAUGUCAGUGGUGGUUCUGUAAGUCUCUGAUAUACAUCAUUUGAUGUAUGUCAGUGAUGGUUCUGUAUGUACCAGUUCUGCUUGUGUGUGUUACAGUGAUUGUUCUGAAUGAGUUUAUAGUGGUUUUUUAUGUGUCAAUCGUGGUUUUGAAUGUGUAAUGGGAAUAUGUGUGAAUAAUCAUUAGUUACAGAAUCUAGGUAUAUUUGCCAAUAAUUCAUUCAUGUCUAUUUUUUUCAUAGUUUUGAGUUUAUUAAUGUUUGACCUUAGGAUAUAUCUGUAAUGUGAUCAGUGAUUUUGACAAAGAAAACUUUUGGGGGGGGGGAUUUCAGGUUUAUUCUCUUUUUAUGCAUCUUGCAAAGUAAGUAAGCAAGGGAAGGAUGAUGUAGAAUUCAUUGUUCAUUUAUCCAUCAUUUUGCACAUAAGUUUAGUACUGUAAUCUUUAUGUGCUUUGGCUUUUGGAUCAAAGUCUUUAGUACAACUGUAAGUUGUAACCAUCUAAAGUAAAAAAGUCAUAAACAUAAUCAUAUCUCAUUGGAUUGUCAUUUGGAGCAUCAACUCCACAUCAAAAAAUCAUUACCAGUAAAAGUGUAGAUGUAAUAAAAAGGAAUACCAAUGCUAUUCCUUCUACAUUAUGGCAGGGGUGGUAUAUAUAUUAGAUUUUCUACGUGUUUUGUAUCAGUGCAGGAUAAAAGAAUUAUAGUAAAUGUAUGUCCCUUAGAUUCAUCCAAUCUUAGCAAGGUUAUGGCAUCAAAGAUGUUCCAUUUUUAGCUCACCUGAGCUGAAAGCUCAAGUGAGCUAUUCUGAUCACAUUUUGUCUGUCGUCUGUCUGUCCGUCUGUCCGUCCGUCCGUAAACAUUUCACAUUUUCAACAUCUUCUCAAGAACUACUUGGCCAAUUUCAACCAAACUUGGCACAAAUCAUCCUUAGGCAAAGGGGAUUCAAAGUUGUGAAAAUUAAGGGCCAUACCCGUUUUCAAGGGGAGAUAAUUAGAAAUUAAUGAAAAAUUUCGAGAAAUUUUCAAAAAUCUUCUUCUCAAGAACCAGAAAGCCAGGAAAGCUGAAACUUGUGUGGAAGCAUCCUCAGGUAGUAUAGAUUCAAAGUUGUGAAAUUCAUGACCCCCGGGGUAGGGUGGGGCCACAAUGGGGGGGUCGAAGUUUUACAUAGGAAUAUAUAGAGUAAAUCUUUAAAAAUCAUCUGCUCAGAAACUAAACAGCCAGGAAAGCUGAAACUUGUGUGGAAGCAUCCUCAGGUAGUGUAGAUUCAAAGUUGUGAAAUUCAUGACCCCCAGGGGUAGGGUGGGGCCACAAUGGGGGGGUCGAAGUUUUACAUAGGAAUAUAUAGAGUAAAUCUUUAAAAAUCUUCUUCUCAGAAACUAAACAGCCAGGAAAGCUGAAACUUGUGUGGAAGCAUCCUCAGGUAGUAUAGAUUCAAAGUUGUGAAAUUCAUGACCCCCGGGGUAGGGUGGGGCCACAAUGGGGGGGUCGAAGUUUUACAUAGGAAUAUAUAGAGUAAAUCUUUAAAAAUCAUCUGCUCAGAAACUAAACAGCCAGGAAAGCUGAAACUUGUGUGGAAGCAUCCUCAGGUAGUGUAGAUUCAAAGUUGUGAAAAUCAUGAUCCCUGGGGGUAGGGUGAGGCCACAUUGGGGGGGGGGGUGUUAAAAUUUUACAUAGAAAUAUAUAGAGUAAAUCUUUGAAAAUCUUCUUCUCAGAAACUAAUCAGCCAGGAAAGGUGAAACUGUUGUUGAAGCAUCCUCAGGUAGUGUAGAUUCAAAGUUGUGAAAAUCAUGAUCCCUGGGGGUAGGGUGGGGCACAAUGGGGGGUCGAAGUUUUACAUAGGAAUAUAUAGAGUAAAUCUUUAAAAAUCUUCUUCUCAGAAACUAAUCAGCCAGGAAAGUUGAAACUUGUGUGGAAGUAUCCUCAGGUAGUGUAGAUUCAAAGUUGUGAAAAUCAUGAUCCCUGGGGGUAGUGUGAGGCCACUUAUUGGGGGGGAUGUUCAAGUUUUACAUAGGAAUAUAUAAAGUAAAUCUUUAAAAAUCUUAUUCUCAGAAACUAAUCAGCAUGAUGAUUCUUUAUCAUUGUUAAAACUUUGGCUCCAGGACAAUUCUUCGGCCUCACAAGAAGGUUCAGAGUUUGAUGUAGCUAAAUAUCCCAUAUAUAUAUAAACAAUUGUAAAGGAUCUUUUUGAGAACUGCAAUACUCAACAUGUGAUAUGACUAUAGAAUUGAAGCAGGCAGCUAUUUUUUCAUUAGAAUCUUUUUGUAUUACUGUAUUGAGUUAUUGCCCUUGAUUUAUUGAUUCUUGAUUAUUUUAAUUAAUGCAUCCACUGUUAACCAAUUAUUGUGAUGAUUAUUUUUAUACAAUAAUAAAUAUUCAAUGUAGUUGUUCUGCAUAAGAAGUUUUGGGUAAGGCCAGAUUAUUAAGGUCUUCCGUUUCCAACGGAAGACCUUAUUGUUAUUGCUUUGUUUCUUCUUCCCUAUUAUUAUUAUUUUUUUUCUUACAAAUUUUGUGCACGCCAUUUCUCAGCAACGGCUCAUUUAAUUUUUAUGAAACUUUCAGAUCUGAUAUAUAUUGAUCUGAACCUUGUUGCAAAUUUUUUUCAUUGAUGACGUCACUUCCGUUUUUGAGAUAUCGUCGAUUUUAUGAUUUUUAUAGGGGUAUUUUGUCGGCGGAACUCCUCUUUAACUAUUGCAGAUAUAAAGUUGAAAUUUUCAGGGUUGGUAGACAAAAGACUGAAGUUGUGCAUGAAGGUCUUAAAUCAUUUUUAUCUUGAAAAGCGCCGACGCUCGCCUGGACCCGAAAAUUGAGAUAAAAAAAACGUCGUGAAUUUUCGUACUUUUCUUUCUUUAUCUCUUUUCUGGAAAAUAUUCUAUUAAAACAUGUAAUGUAAAAAAGGUUUAUAUUUACAAGACCUUUCAUUUGAUACCAAAAAAAAGGGGCUGGCCCCUUAUAUUAGGGACCUAGAGAGCUCUAAAAUCUUUCAUCUAUAGCUCUUUACUGAGGUAUAUUUUGUAAUGAAUUAUAGAAGCAAAUAUGUUUAUCUUACAGUUAUGAAGCCCGACAGCAUAACGAUUUUUUCAUGUGUUACGUAAUGAGGGGUUUUAAGGGGUCAAAAGUCCAAAACUUUGAUCACCUAUAUCUCAAAAAGUAAAAAUAUUUUUGAAAUGCAGUAUAGAAUAAAAGAUGCUCAAAAUGAUGAAACCAACAACAUGCAACCUUCAAAAUUUGGUUCAGCGGCCCCAAUAAGGAGAUAAGGGACCGGCCCCUAAAAUGUUUUUCUCAGAUAUCUCAAAAACGGUAACGAAUUUCUUAACAACUGUUGAGCAAAAUGUCUUUAAAAUUAAAUGACCUUUCAUUUGAUACCAAGAAAAAGGGGCUGGCCCCUAAUAUUAGGGACCUAAAAGGGCUCUUAAGUAUUUUUCUAUAACUCUUUACCGAGGUAUAUUUUGUAAUGUAUUAUAGAAGCAAAUAUAUUUAUCUUACAACCUUAAUCUUGCAACCUUCAAACUUUGGUACAGUGGCCCCAAUAAGGAGAUAAUGGACCAGCCCCUAAAACGUUUUUUCUCAGAUAUCUCAAGAAUGGUGAUGAAUUUCUAAACACUUGUUAAACAAAGCUCUUACACCUGAAACAAAUUCGUAUCUGGCCUUUAGAAUGUACACCCUGUUCUUCUAUUCUUACACGUGUUUAGCUGUUCACAGUAAAAUCAAGAUCGAACAUAUAUCUGAAAUUCUAAAAUCAGACGGAAGACCUCCUCGUUGCUCGCAACGAGAUCGUGUCUAGUUUUGUUUAUUUUUGAUUUCCAAUUUUUAGAUACUAUGAAUUAUUUUAGGUUGGCACAUAUAUAGGGACAGUGUCUAUUGCAUUUUGAUGAGCGAAUGUUUGGGGUUAAACUUGAACAGGUAUGGAUAGAUUGAGUGUGUGAACAUCCUUGCUCUAUCUAAUCUAAGUGUUUUCUAACCUUCGAUACAAAGUGUGCGGUCAUUCCUGCCCUGUAUCGCAUUAAUACAAGUGUGCAGUCAUAUCUGCUUGUAUUGGUGGUGGUAGCGGCUGACCACUAAUGUAUGGUCAUCCAUGCUGGUGUUCAGCCCUUUCUAGCGCAAGUGUGCGGCACUCCCUGCUUGCGUUAGGUUGAGCUGUUGGUGCAAGUGUGCGGUCAUCCCUGCUUGCGUAAACGUUGGUACCUGUUGAGUUGCGUAGGUGUGAGGUCAUCCCUGCCUGCGUAACUUUGAGUCCCUAUAUAUGUGCAGGAGCGGUGAUUAAAGUCUGCUCUUGUAAAUAUUGGCAGCAAUCAGGGCUAUCCGAGUUCCAAGGGGGAAAAAUGGAUUUUAUUUAUACAGGAUCUACAUGUAUUAUUGUACAUUGUCCAGAUUGUUUGUUUUAUGACUCCAUGUAGCUGACUUUAUCAUACCUAUUGUUCCUCAGGUGAGCGAUGUGGCCCAUGGGCCUCUUGUUUAUUACUUGUCUUAAGAUAAGUUAAUAACAUACUAGUAUCAAUGAAAUUUUGAAAAUUAUAUGUUUGAAAUCUUUAAUUUUAAGUAAAAAGCAAGCCGUAUGUUUAGUAAAUUGAUCAUUCAUUUUUAGAUAUGACAAGUAACAAAACUGUUUUUGAUACUUUCCAUACAUACUUAGGCUAUGGGAUUUUUUGGUAUUAUUUUUUUUUCAUGGUUUACUAUUGAACAUGCCAUAGUUAGAAUCGUUAAAUUUCUCUCCUUCUAUUAUUCUUAUGUGAUGGAAUUAACAAUAUUUUAAUUGAUUUUAUUUUAUGUUUAAGCAUUUUAUUGGGGAAUACAUGAUACAUGAAGAAAUUGAUCUUCCUAUAUGUAAUGUUGAUAGAUAACUAUCCAACUGAUCUUUAUUCUUUGUGGAGUGUCUGGAAUGUGUAAGAUUUUUUUUUUUACCAGCAUCUAAACUUUUGGAGAUUUGGUAACAUUGGUGGAAAUGGUUUAGAUAAAUAUACUAAUGGCAAUACAUGGCUAAAAUCUAGAUUGAGCGUUACAUACUGGUAUUGGGCAUUACUUUGUUGAAUUUCAGGAACCAGGGCUAUUUUUAACAGAAGAAUAUAUUUACUGUGAGAGUAAAUCUCAGUAAAGUUACUGGUGGUUUUCUAUACCCGGUAUGCUCAAAAUCCAAAAAAAAAACAUACAUGUAUUUUCCAAACUAUUUCAACAUCUUUAAGCAUUUUUCCGGGUUAUAAGUUUAAACUUUCAGUUGCUAACGGAUAAUAAACUGUACAAUUUUUUAUUUUUUUUUUGAAAAAUGCAGCUAAGAGCUUUUUAAAAUCUUUUUUUUUUGUUAAUUAUUGUCCAACUUAUAAUUGUGACUUAAUAUUGGAUAAUCAAAAUUAGUUAUUUCUGUGUUGUCCGUAAUGUGGUGUAACUUUAUGCUCAUCCUAAAUCAAAGAAACACAAAUGGUUUAAUUUGCUGUUGCCAACAAAGUGUACCAGUACACGCAAUGUACACAGGGAUGGGGAUUGACAAGUAAAAGAAUUAUAUUACAGAUUUCUGAUCUAGAAUAAAGACAGUGCCAGUUUUCUGUUUAUUAUAAUAACUAUUUGUCACAAUUUUACAGUUAUUGUAAGGCACGUGUUUGGAAUUUUGUAAAUUAAAUUGAGUUUUUUGGACACUAAUAAUCAAAAUCCUGUUAAUCCAUGUAUUUAUAUCAAUUUAAAGCUAGUCAAGAUUUGGAGAGGAGAUACCAUUUAUUGAUUUAAAAGCCUUUUUAUUUUGGAUUAUUGUUGUUAAGUGCUAUUGUGAGGAAACGAGACCUUGUAUUAUAAAUCGAACAAAAAUUGCGGAAAUUAUUUUUUCAAGGUAUCUUGACAAUUGUAACUCUUCUUUGUUAAUUGUUUACAUGCAGUGCAGAAAUAAAUAUUUUGGACCUUUGAGA